GCUAUUUUCCCCCUCCCCCGCGGCCUGGCUGGAGAUGAGUGGAAGAUGUCGGUGUCGGGGCUGAAGGCCGAAUUAAAGUUCUUGGAGUCAAUAUUUGACCCAAACCAUGAACGAUUCAGAAUUAUCGACUGGAAGCCAGAUGAACUUAGUUGUCAAUUCAAUGUGACUGGUGAAAAGCUGCUGAUCAUUCAUUGCAACAUCACGGAGUCUUACCCUUCAACUCCACCAAUAUGGUUUGUUGACUCAGAUGACCCUAGUUUGACAGAGGUGCUGGAGCGGUUGGAGGAUGUGAGAAAAGGCAGCACCCUGUUACUCCAGCAGCUGAAACGGCUCAUCUGUGAUCUGUGCCGAUUGUAUAACCUACCCCAGCACCCUGAUGUGGAGAUGUUAGACCAGCCUCUUCCUGCAGGGCCCAUAAGCCAAGAAAGAAAGCAUGGGACAGCUGAUGAGGUGACAUCUGAGGAAGAGGAGGAGGAAGAAAUGGGAGAGCAGGACAUUGAAGACCUUGACCACUAUGAGAUGAAAGAUGAGGAACCCGUGGAGGGUAAAAAGUCUGAGGAUGAUGGUAUUGAAAAAGAGAACCUGGCCAUUCUGGAGAAGAUCCGUAAGAACCAGAGACAGGACCACUUGAACGUAAGUGCUCAUUCGGGUGCUGUUUCUGGUUCGGUUCAGGCCUCAGACCGUCUCCUGAAAGAACUCAGGGAGAUCUAUCGAUCACAGAGUUACAAGACAGGUAUCUAUUCAGUGGAGCUAGUCAAUGACAGCCUUUAUGAAUGGCACGUGAAAUUGAGAACAGUGGAUCCAGACAGCCCACUACACAGUGACUUGCAGGUUUUGAAGGAAAAGGAAGGUGUAGACUACAUUUUGCUGAAUUUCUCUUAUAAAGACAACUUUCCUUUUGAUCCUCCAUUUGUAAGAGUGGUUUCUCCUGUACUUUCUGGAGGUUAUGUUCUCGGAGGUGGAGCCUUAUGCAUGGAACUUCUCACAAAACAGGGCUGGAGCAGUGCCUACUCCAUAGAGUCUGUCAUCAUGCAAAUCAAUGCCACCUUAGUCAAAGGGAAAGCUAGAGUACAGUUUGGAGCAAAUAAGAACCAGUACAAUCUUGCCAGAGCACAACAGUCAUAUAAGUCCUUGGUGCAGAUUCAUGAAAAGAAUGGCUGGUACACACCCCCUAAGGAGGAUGGGUAAUGUGGAUCCUACCCAUCCUGCACACUGGGCACAUGGGAUUUCUGGUCAAAUCAUUGCUUUUUUUAUUGUCUCACAUAUGAGUCCUCUGCAGUGGGAGUGUGAUGUAUACCAUCUUCAUGGAUACUAAGUGGCGAAGUCCUCCAUCUUGCUGACUCAGAAUGCUCAGAACUGUAACUCCUCGUGUGUCGUUCAAAAGGCAGGACACCAGACCAGAUCCCAUGCAUCUAUCCUCUAUCUGUUACGUGCUAGCUCUUUUAUUUGGCUCUGUGCCCCCAUUCCCCCCUGUCUGCCCCCCCCCCCUCCAUGCGUCUUACCUCUGUUAGGAACUGGAAGGGAAUCGUCAGGGGGAGAGGUGCCAAGCACUGGUACUAAUGUAAACCCAUAUAAAGAAAUUUUGGACAUUUCGUCUUGAAGACUUAUCUAACCAGAGUUUGGGGUGGUGUUGGUGAUGGUCAGUUUUUAUUUUUUGCCCCAAUCUGUUUUCAGUAGUAUGAAUGUGUCUCAUUGUCAUAAGACCAGAAAGAGAGAGAGAGAGAAAAGUGUAGAUGGAGACAUUUGAAAAGUAAGCUGAAUCUUUUUGUGGGUUUGACUAGAUGUUUUUCAUGCCAUGGCUGAGGACUAAGAUUUAGACACUUUGGUGAAUAAGUUUCAGACAGGAAUGGAGGCAAUUAGAGAUGCAGUGGAGAUUCAUGACCGCCACUUUUCUUUGUUUGGAAGCUGCUAUGCUCUGUUUUGUUUCCUCUGCAUUUUGUGUACCCUGUAGUUGUACAGUAAUGCUGAUAUUGUUCAGUCACACCAGAGGUAUAUUCUCAAGCCUUCUUAGCUGCCCCAGUGUAAGUGGGCAAAGUUAUAAAUAACGAUAGAGAGUGGUAACGAGAUUCUGUUUCAUUUUGAAAUUUUGGCAGAGCAGAAGUGUCAUGCAAAUGUCUCAGGCGACAUUGCGCUAACCCAGUGGUCAAUAAACAAACAAUCAACCUGGGAUUUAGAGGGGUUAAGCCGAACCUUUUAUUAUCUUUUCCAUAGUUAAACAACACCCCAUAUGUGUAAUUGUAAAUGGCUUUGAGGUGUCUUUGUUCUGGUCAAGUGAAGGGUGUGCUUUGGGCUUAAACAGACGGACUAGGACUUGCAUCCUGUGUCGUAAAUGAAUGCCUCUCUCAUGGGAGACAGGAAGGGAAAAAAAGGAAGCAAAAAAUAACCGUUUUUUUUGUUUGUGAGUUAUUAUUAAUGUUUUCUGUGCAGUUCAUCACCACUGAAUAACCAGUUUGACCAUACAACCUCUCUCCAGUCAAAUUUUGUCAACACAUCACACCAUUAGACUGUCAGAGGUAUACCCCUAGCUUUACUAGGUUUGUUUCAACCUCCUGUAAUAAGGUAUUAGCAGUUACACAAAAAGAACCCCACUGAAAACUGCUUCAGACUGAUGGUGUAGCAACGCUCCCUGUAAUAGUAAGAUCCCUCCACAGCAAACAGUCCCAACAGUUCAUACCCCACAGCUGUUGAGUGAGUUCCGUCUCACUGAAUCUGGCAGUCAUUCAUCCCGGCUUGAUCUGCAAGAGAAGAACAAGCAUAUCAUGAAUUCCAUUUAGUGGAAGGAGGUUUGAUAAACACUCGUGUUGUGUGUUCCUCCACCCCCACUCCGUCACACUUUGUGUCAGCUGCACCGUGUACUAUAAACCGUGUCAUUUUUUUCAGCACUGUCAGAAAACAUUUAAAAGCACCCUACAAUUUUGUUUUAACUCAGGAAAGAAGGUAACUAUUCUGUUUCUCAACAUUUUACUGCUGUGUGUUACUUGUCUGUCCCCAUUGGGGAGCAUUGCUUUUUCUGCUUUCUUUAGGUAAUGGACUUUGUUUUUUCCCCAGCCUUAAUCGCUUCAGUUUUCACCGAGAUGUUACUUGUACAACUAUCAGGUGCAGUCAUGAAAGGUGUUGAUGUAUAAGGAUAAGGUGUUAAUCAUGAUCAUUUUUGUGAAAUGCUCCCAAUUAGCUUCGCUGUACUGGGACUCUUGGUUAUGCAUAGAUAUACCAUUUCUGGCUUCUUUCAGAUAUUUCAAUGCAUGAAACCUCCAACGUUGUAAAAAGCCUCUUUUCAGUUCGUGUGGAUCGUUUGGCUCUGCAUUUGCACAAAAUGAUGCGAUUGUGCCUCCUAUAUCCAUACAAAGUGUGAGAGAGUAGUUUCCUAAUCUGGAGCUUGACAAGAUCAGAGGAAAGCCAUAUCAGACACUUGCCUACAGAUAUGUGGACGGCAUGUAUCUGUAACUUGGAUGUAAAUUUCAUGUUUCAUAUGUUCCAGAAUCCUAUGUAAAUGUUGUAAUGAGACAGGAAAGUAUUGGUCAUGCAUUGUCUGUGCAUUGUUUUCAGGCUGCGUUGUGGUUUGCUCAUGCAGUCAGGAGGUGUGUUUCUUUUUUUUUUUUUUUGGUCAUUUUUGAAUUGUUCUGAAAGGUUUUUAACUCUGGUUCAGCGUUUUUACCUGCUGGUCCUGUGUGAAGUGGAGUCAGUUGAGCUCUGGAUUGCCUCAUGCUAUGUUCACAUUGUCGAUUGAGUUUAUCUUUGGAAGAUGGAUGGGUUGAUUUCCAGCUAGACAAACGAUCAGAGAAAAAGUCUGUUCUCUACUGUGUUACAAUAACCAGAAACACCAAAACUCCCUCUCUCUGUGAUAUUACUUGUCUCUGGUAUGGGAUGGACUGUUGGCCAUCAGUGCUAAUUACAAUAAUGCAGAACCAUCCACAACUGGACAGUGUUUUUUUUUUUUUUAAUUAUUAUUAUUAUUGUUAUUUUUGA